AUGUGCAAGAUGUUCCGCACCACUCUCUCCAAGAGGGCCAUGAAUUGGUUCAAUUAUUUACCCACAAGAUCAAUCAACACCUUCUCUCGAUUAUCGCAACGCUUCACCAACCAGUUCUCCAUCAACAAGCAAUACGCCAAAACCUCAGCACAUCUCUUCUCUAUCGUACAAAGCGAUAACGAAACACUCUUCAACUACAUCAGGCGUUUUGUGAAAGUUGUCCAUGAAGUUCCCAAUGUAGGACAAGACAUGCUCUCAGGGAUCAUGCAGCAAAACCUGAAGUCGGGUAGGUUCAAAGAAUCUAUCGCCGGAAGGCCUCCUGGCAACUUAGAUGAGUUGUUGUAUCGAGCCGAGAAGUACAUACGCAUGAAGGAAGCCUCUACCCACGCCCCUCCCAAGAGGAAGAGAGAAGAUGAUCGCCAGGACAUUAGGAGACGAGAUGAUCGACGUCCUCCACCCCCACCUCAAGGCCAACCAACUUCAUCUUAUAAUCGAUUCACUCCACUAAACACUCGCCUCACUGAAAUCCUUCAUGUUAUAGAACAAAAAGGUCUGGCGGAGCCUCCACAUCCGAUGCAGCCCAACGCAAAACGAGAAAGAUCGGAUCGCUAUUGUCGAUUCCAUAAAGAUAAAGGACAUACUACCGAGGAAUGUGCACAACUCAAAUUGGCGAUUGAGAAGCUGAUCAAGCAGGGGCACUUAGGCGAAUACAUCGAUAAGCCCGGAAAUAAGCGGCGUGAAGACCUCCCACGCCGAGAAAACAAUCGAGAUCAACAGCAGCGACGGGAUGAGAGGGGUCAUGGCCUUUAUCUCCGGAGGACCAGAUGUCGACUUACAAAAUGCGAGACGCACCCUAGCUCUAUCAGCGCGUAUGAAUCAAGAACAUGCGUCUCCAUCCGCAUCUGUCUACUAGAUAAGAAGACCUGA